CUUCAAUCGGAGCAAGAACGCGAAAGCUAUGAAGAUUCAAAGUUCAUGAGCUUGCGUUACAAUUGCGGCGGUUACAAAGUGAAGUUGUGGGGUGACUCUAUAUGGAGUUGGGACCUUUGGGGUUGGGGAAACUUGUCACUCUACUGUAACAGCUGCAAAUUGGUUGGGAACAACCAAGCUAGGUUGGCAAGGGUGGCCAACUUGGAUGGAUUGGUUGGGAAGGGACAAAUGUCAAAGUUGGGGUUCCUAUAGGGAGGGAAUCUUUGUGCUUAUGGGGUUUCCUUGGUUGGGGACUCUCUUGGGACCUUCCCUCUCAUCCCUCUCUUCCUAUCCCAACCUUUCUCUUGCUCCUCAAAUUCCUUGUGAGAUUCUUGAACUUUGAUUGAACUCUUGAGAUUGAUGGUGUUCUAAAGGUUGGAUGUGUCUUCCGCUAAGGGGAAACUCUGCCGAAAUUUCGUGGACGCCGACACUUGUGAAAAUAUCGAGGGAGCUGAGUGUGGACAGCAAAGGGGAGCUGCAAUUCGUCAUUUCUCAAGGAGAAGAUGAAUGAGAGAGGAGGAGAUGCUAAUGGAAGAGGAGCUGUAGCUGAGAAGACAAGUUGUGAUGCACCCUCUCACGCACUGGGUGAUUGAUUCGGGUUGCACCAGUCACAUGACUCCACGGGCAGAUUUGCUUGAUGAGGUAAAACCCCCUGGGAAGAUCAAGUAUGUGGCAGCAGCGUCAGGUGCUUUGCUCCCUGUCAUUGGUGUUGGGAAUGCCAAGGUUAAGGGAGCAAAUGGGGAGCUUGUGGGGCUUGGGAAUGUUCUGCUGGUUGAAGGCUUGUCUGCUAACCUUCUCUCUGUGCGACGACUGCAGAAGAGCAAGGCCGAAGUGACCUUUGGACCAACCAGCUGCCGUGCUAAGCUUGGGAAGAAGGUGCUGUGGAGUCUGGAAGAGGAGACCAGCUGCAUCAAGGACCUGUGGCAGCUGCCCAUCAUCCCAUGGAAUGGGAAGACUCCAACAGCAGCAACGGCAGCAGUGGCAAAGGCAACAGCAGGAGGAGAUGCAACUGCACCAACUGAUGGGGUCCUGGAAGCAGUCAAGAAAGUGCAGCAGCAGCAGACACAUGGUGAGAAGUUGGUGAAGGAUGGGAGCCUGAAGGGCUUGGAGGUGAAAGGGGGAGUGAAGGAGAUUGGGAGCUGCCCUACAUGCUUGGAGACCAAGUUCUCCAAGUUCCCCUUCAACAGCACUACAGGACCAGCCAAGACCCCACUUGCACUUGUGCACAUGGAUGUGGUGGGGCCCACAAGAGCCCCUUCCCUCUCAGGUAGCCGCUAUUUCUUGACAAUUGUGGAUGACCACACUCGGGCAGUGUGGGUUUACCCUUUGAAGAGCAAGGGGGAGGUGGCAGCGGCUGUCCUUAAGGAGUGGAUGCCGAGAGCUCAGAGGGAAUGCGGACACAAGGUGAAGGUGAUCCGUAGUGACAAUGGUGGGGAGUUCAUUGGAGCUGAUUUUGAGGGGGAGUUGAAGAGGAAGGGGAUCCAACAUCAACUGACAGUGCCCUACAACCCGCAGCAGAAUGGCGUGGCUGAGAGGUUCAACAGGACCCUGCAGGAGGGGGCACGCACUCUCCUUGGGCGUGCAGGGCUGCCUGAUCCGUUUUGGGUGUCUGCACUGAGGCAGGUCGCCCUUGUGAAGAACAGGGUGCUGGCUACAGUUGGAGAUAAGGAGUGGAUCCCAUAUGUCAAGUGGUAUGGGAGUGCUCCAGCUGUGAAUAUGCUGAGGGCAUUUGGGUGCAUGGUAGUGUUUCAUGUGCCUAAGGAGAAAAGGGGGAAGUUGGAGGCUUCUGGAAGAUGGGGUGUGCACUUGGGGAUUGCAAAGGAUCACAAGGGGUGGCUGCUAUGGGACUUGACCACCCAGAAGUUGACAGUGUCAAGGGAUGUGAAGUUUCUUGAGUCCCUGUACUACAAGGAAUGGAAGCAGCAGCAACAGAAGCUUCCAUCUACACCGCUCAUUGUGGAGGCGGAUGAGGUGCAGCGGCCUUCAAGACAGGUAGAGGUUGCAGUGUCAGAGGAGGAGAUGUCUGGGGUGACUGAGGAAGGGGGAGCAGCUGAAGUAGAGCAGCAGCAGCAGCAGCAGCAUGAGUCUCCAUCUCGAGUUCCACACCCGCCUGAGCGACCUAGGAGGGAUGUGCGCCCUCCGGUGAGGCUGACCUAUGGGGAAGAGGCAAGCCGAAUGUGGUGCAGGCUGGGAGUGUGGUUGAGCAGAUUGAGGAAGAUGAGAUCGCUCACUGCUACUGGGCACCAAUCCCUGAGCCCAAGACUCGAGAGGAGGCCUUGAAUGGACCAAAUGGGGAGAAGUGGAAGGCGAGUGAGGAUGAGGAGUUUGGGUCCCUGAUUGAGAACGAGACAUGGGACCUGUGUGACUUGCCUCCUGGAAAGAAGGCAAUCACUUCCAAGAUGAUCUACAGGCACAAGUAUGGACCUGAAGGGGAGCUGACCCGAUACAAGUCUAGGCUUGUGGCACGGGGGUUUCAGCAGACAAAAGGGAAGGACUAUGAUGAGGUAUUUGCUCCUGUGGGGAAAGGAACAACACUGAGGGUGCUGUUGGCGAUAGCUGCACUCCUGGGAUGGAAGAUACGGCAGAUGGACAUUGUGACUGCCUUUCUGAAUGGGAUCAUUCUGGAGGAGGUGUACAUGAAGCAGCCAGAGGGGCUGGAUGAUGGGAGCGGCAGGGUCUGCAGGCUGAAGAAGGCA